CCUCUCAUUCGGUAUAAAGUGACACGUCCUGAAAGACUGAGCUACACCUGUGUAUAGUAAAAGUGUAUAGUGAUGUUUCCUCUCACAUAACAAUGACAAAUGUUACCUCAGGCAGAUGACUUAAAGAUCUGGCAUUGUCAUAUAACAAUACCUACAUACCUUGAUACAUGUGGAUGUCUAGAGAUUUACACAGAGAUAUUUAGACCCCACUAAAAAGGGUAGCACAUGCUUGGGAAGGUGACCAGCAUAGCGAUGUAAAAAUCACUUUUUGAAGGAUGUACGUUCAGCAGUAUUUACAUAAAGUAGUGGACUCUGUAAAGGUGAUGUUGAUAGGUGACAGUGGUGUUGGAAAAACAUGUCUUCUUGUUCGAUUUAAAGAUGGUGCCUUUCUCUCGGGCAGUUUUAUUUCAACAGUCGGUAUAGACUUUAGGAAUAAAGUUGUUGAUGUUGAUGGUACAAAGGUGAAAUUACAGAUUUGGGACACAGCAGGACAGGAAAGGUUCCGAAGUGUAACACAUGCGUAUUACAGGGACGCCCACGCAUUAUUGCUCCUAUACGAUGUCACCAACAAGGCCAGCUUCGACAAUAUAAGGGCAUGGCUAGGUGAAAUCAACGAGUAUGCACAGGAAGAUGUUGUAAUCAUGUUGCUAGGCAACAAGUCUGAUUCUACUGCAGACAGAGUGAUACGAACAGAGGAUGGAGAAAAACUAGCAAAGGAAUAUAGUGUUGCCUUCAUGGAGACUAGUGCUAAGACUGGUAUGAACGUAGACUUAGCCUUCAUGGCCGUGGCUAGGGAUUUAAAAAUGAAAAAGACUCGAAAACCAACCGAGCCAAAAUUCAAUGUGGCAGACUAUGUGAACCAGGAGAAAAAGACGGGGGGCUGUUGUAGCUAGUCCAACACGUUGGAAUAGCCAGAAGAAUCCCGAGGGACAACUGUAUGCUGGAACAGACAAAUAAAUCCCAUGGGACUACUAUUGGAGCAGCCAGAGGAUUCCUGUGGAACAGACAGAAUGUCCAGAGGAACUAUUAGCUGCAGUAAAUAUUCUUAAAGGGAGACUACCCAGUUGGACAAUCUCAAUAUUUGUCUGCAGAAUAUAAGUUCCUUCGUUUGUUAAUACAUAUUUCAUAGUUUUGGUUUUUACAAAUUUUUGAAUAUUUUAUUAUAUAAAACAAGAUUUGGGGUCUUUAUCAUUUAUGAUAUAUUUUGCGUUUCCUUGAUUUCCAUUAACUCUUUUUAAUAACAUACUUAUAAAUUACAUACAAGAAUUUUUUUUGGUAAACACUCGUUUUCAUCUCUGGUUUUCUGAUUAAAAAGUGAGGGUUUCUUUCGUGAAAUUACCUGUAAAAUAUGGCACACACCUGUUCAGAAGUAGAUCCAUUUCAUUGUACGUAUUUAUAUUAAUUGUAAUAUUUUGAACUGUAUUUAUUUCAUAGAUAUUGUUGAUCCAGUUCACUUCUGAAAAGUGUGAAGUUUUCAAAAACAAUUUUAAUUUUGGCAGGUGGUUUUUUUCAUUUAUAAUUCACAGGAAUCCGUCAUGAGGGUGAUUGUUUAAACAUGGUUUACAAAAUUUAGUUUAUACAUUGUGAAUGGCAAAACUAACCAUUGAACGAAUAUGGUUUAAGUACCAAUCUUCGAAGGGUGAAUAUUUCUGUCAAGUAUAAUAUGUUCAAUACUCAAUAAAUUCAUUCAAUAUUCCACUAAAUUUCAUGAAGAUUCUUUAGAAAAUAGAGGUUAUAUCGGUUCAUUUCUAUUCAAAACAGUUUAGAAAUAUGUGAAAAUUUAGAUAUAAUGUAGAUGUUGAUUUGAUAGAAAUAAUUAUGAACCUAAAUGGAUGUAAAAAUUCAGCAGCUACUCCUCGAUCUGAGAUUUACCAGUUAUUGACAUUUACUUGCCAAACAUUCAAAUUUUUUAUCUUGUGCAAAUAUAUAUUUCAAUUUGAAUUUUUUUUCAGAACUGCGAAGUCUAUAGUUAUAAUGUUUCAAUUGUAAAUUGUAUAUUUAUAAUCUUCUGUUGAUUAAAUAUUUACAUGAAUGUCUAGGCGUGUAAGUAAGAUUAGUUUGUAGUUGCUGUCCAUCUGUAUAAAUGAUGGCAGGAAGUUGGUUUCUUUGAGUCAAUCAUUCUAGAAAUGAAUGAUAUGUGGGUGAAAGUGUCUUUUUAUUUGUAACAUAUUUACUAUGACUUGAUGAAACAUAUGUGGUUACAUUAAGGCACCUGUCCCCUCCUAAAGAGAAAGAUAUUUAUGUUAGAGCUUUAUUUCCAUGACAACUUGCUGCUUAAACUUGCCACAGAGGCCAUUCUGUGUUUCAUUCAAUGGCACCUUACCACUGCAGAAACCUGAAACUAAGUAUGAGGAACUGUUUUUUUCUGGCAUGACUGUAGUUUUUAUAAAUCAUUACUAAUAAGAAAACCAUAUGGACUUUGAUGGAAAAACAAUAUAUAACAGUGUUCUGAGUGUAAAAAUACAGCAGGGCUGGACCGGAAUUCGAACCAUUGACCUCAAGUUGUUAUUCUGUUGCUCUUACUGACUGAGCUUCCGUUCAGCAGAACUGUUUUUGCCCAACUGCUGUAUAGAUAUAUCUAAAAACGGAAAUAAGGGGAGGUUACUCUACAUACAAAAAACAAGAGUGCAGUGCUACAUGAAUCCUAUAGCCUAUACCAUACCAUCUUCGCUAGCCAAGGUUUAUGAUACGGUAUGAUCUUGUCUUCCUACUCAUAUCGACCUGGAUCCUAACCCUUGGCUAGCAAAGAUGAUACUAACCUUGUACCCAGUAUAUUCAGCUCUGUCACUGAUUGGUCAAUGUUAAGACCUAUCUACUGUCACAAGGUGAAACUAAUUGCAUGGAGCUAAGCUUUAAUAUUGCCAGUCAAUAGUUUGUAAUCUCGUAGGAAUUUUGUUGUUUGUUUUCAUUGAAAUUUUCAAAGCUUGUUUUCUGAUAUUUGUCACUCACAAGAUCUAUUUUUUGUACACUUUGUUGACAAAAAUUUGUGUGUGCUUUAAUGUGUUAACUUGUUGCAUUGAAUAUGGCAACAAUUUCUACUUGUUCAACUUAAACUGUACAUUCACUUUAUUCAACACACAGGUAUUACAAGAUACUAAAUUAUCAAUACUUAUAUACAUGUACUAGUAUUAUACCCACACAUAUGAUGCAUAAGGUUUCACAAUUUUCAACUUCUUUAUUAAAUUAAAUUUUAUCAGAUUUAAAUAAAUAGUUUUAUUUUUAUCAAAUGGUACAAAACAUUAUUUUUGCAGAUUUAUUUGUGAACCAGUACAUCACUCAUGCAUCAACUUUGGGAUUUUGUUUUCCACAUUUUUCAUGUGAUGAUAUUUACAUAAUUGAAAAUCAUGAUGGUAAUUUAUGAACAUGGAAAAAAGAUGGCCACAUCCAAUGAUAAUGGUUUUAUAGAGGUAAAUAUUCUUUCGAAAAUUGGAGUUUUGUGUACAACACAUGCUCAAUAUUCACGGAAAAUCUUCAUAUAAUCUCAAGGGAAGUUGCAUCAAAAAGUUUAUUUCUCCAUGAAGUAUUGAGUUGGUAACCUGGUAAAUUAAAUAUCAGUACCACAGAUUUGCGGGUAUCUAAAAUCAUUUGUCCAUAUACGGGUAUUUUUUUUUAUUAAAUCCAAGAAAUCCAUGUUAUGUCCGGGGAAAAUAUGUCAUCAUGAAUUUAGAAAAUUACAUUGCCAACAAUACAUUAAGUUUCGUACAUUGUAGUGUUAUAAAUAAUAUUAUGAAGCUUUAUUAUCUUUCAAAAUCAUCAGGUUUUAUGAGUCUGACAUCAGUCAAAUUCAAUGGUUGCUGUCUAUACAUACUAACCCUUUCACCACUGUAGACCAUAAUGGACUCAUCCAGAUCAAUGUAUGGUACAGUCUACUAAAGUCACCUAGUGGUGAAAGGGCUUAAAUUAUAGCUGUAGUGACUGAUAUCGUUUAUCAUUGUGCUCAAAGUGUGACACUGCUGUGGAUUGGGCGAUUCCAAUCGUCACCACAAGAGGUUGUAUGCUGGAUCUUUAACUGGCUACAACAUUUCUAUUUUUCUCUGCGUUACACCUGGUCUAUCGUUAACACUUAUAAAUAUGUAACACUUGUGCAUUCCUUCCCGAUAGUAGUUAAUCCCGUGUUGACAGACAUUUAUAAACAUUCUUUUUUUUCUGGUUCAUAAUUCUUAACCUGUCAAGCUUGACAGAAUGUCACAGUAAUUGGAUUUUCAAAUGGUUGUUUCUGUAUUACUGAAUGACCAUAUUCGCCAUAAUCAGCGCCCCUUUAAUCCAGCUCUGCCAUAGAGCAUUUAACGUUAGUCAGGAUGUCAAAAAAAAUUCUCUCAUUACAAUAUUUUGAACAAUUCAGAUAGUUAAUGAAUUUCUAAAAUACUCUUUAAAACAAACCUUCAUACCUAAUGCUUAUACUCUUAAUGAUCAUGAUUAAAUUAAUUCCAUUUCCCACUUUGUAUUCAUUUUGACUCUGUGAGUGCAUUGACCGUUUGAAAUUCUCUAUAAGAAAACUGUAAGAGAGUACCCAUCUUAAGACACUUUCAGUUAGUCCAGAUGUAACAGUGUAGCGGGUGCCAUGUGAUGUAUGGGGAUAUUAUUGCUCUCUAAGAUUCAGCGAUAGCCAACUUUAAUGUGUUUUAUACACGUGUAUUGUAGGUUUCUGUUUUCACAGUUCAUAGACAAUGUAUAUGGUACUACUUUCUCAGGUUUUCCUCAUAUUCUGAAUAGAUAUUUCGUUUAUUGAGCGGGACCUUAAUAUAAUUUCAUGUGAAAUAAUAGAUAACAAUACGUUCCAGUACAGAAAUUAGUGUCCGAGAGUGAUCAUUAAAGAAAAGAUUUGUUAAAUAUUUUAUUAUUAAAAAAAUUCCAAGUAUUACUCAACAGGUGCUGGACACACAAAAUAUAUAAUG